AUGAUAAGAGCCGGACCAGUGGGAAGCAAAGUGGCCGGCUAUAGUGAGGUUGAAUGGAACGAGAAGGGACGCACCAUGAUCUCUAAUAUAUACGUUUCUUACAGCAAAAAUCUCAUAACAUCUAUUCAGUUUGGUUACUUGGAGAAAGGAGUUCUUGUCCUAUCCAAAAAGUUUGGUCCUUCUGAUGGACACAAUCUUAGAGUUGUGACACUGAAGCAAGAUGAAUAUGUGACUGGCUUAACUGGAGUACUAGCACUGUCACUAGGAAUAAAAAUUUUGACAUUCCACACUAACCUUGGGAAGCACGGACCGAUUGGAAUUUUAGAUGGUGACUAUGCAGACGAUCCUACCAUAGAGAUUGAUCCGGCAAUACAUGAUCGAUGCGAGUUUGAUGGUUUCUUUGGGUCUUACAAUGGGUCUAAUCUGUCAUCGAUUGGUAUGUACGUGAAUCCCACUGCAAGGUCCGACGAAGUGGUCAAAAGUGAAACAUUUCCCCAAGCAACGCCUUGUAGCAGCCUUCAACAAAAAUCUUUUGCAGUUUUUUGUCAGAAUUUUCGCUGA